AUGGAACCAGGCAAUGCUACACAAAUUUCAGAGUUUGUUCUCCUGGGACUAUCAGAGGAACCAGAGUUGCAGCCCCUCCUAUUUGUGCUUUUCCUCUGCAUGUACCUGAUCACUGUGUUGGGAAACCUGCUCAUCAUCCUGGCUGUCAGCUCAGACUCCCACCUCCACACCCCCAUGUACUUCUUCCUCUCCAACCUGUCCUUGGUAGACGUCUGUUUCACCUCCACCACCAUCCCAAAGAUGCUGGUGAACAUCCAGACACAGAGCAAAGUCAUCACCUAUGCAGGUUGCAUCACCCAGAUGUAUUUUUAUAUACACUUUGUAGGGUUGGAUGACUUCAUCCUUACUGUCAUGGCCUAUGACAGGUAUGUGGCCAUCUGUCACCCUCUGCACUACACAGUCAUCAUGAACCCCCACCUCUGUGGACUGCUGGUUCUGGUGUCCUGGAUUAUUAGUAUUCUGAAUUCCUUGUUAGAAAGCAUAAUGGUGUUGGAUCUGUCCUUCUGCUCAAACUUGGAAAUCCCCCACUUUUUCUGUGAACUCAAAGAGGUGGUCCAACUUGCCUGUUCUGACACAUUUCCUAAUGACAUGGUGAUGUACUUUUCAGCAGGGUUGCUGGCUGGUGGUCCCCUGACUGGGAUCCUUUAUUCUUACUCUAAGAUAGUGUCUUCCAUAUGUGCAAUCUCAUCAGCUCAGGGGAAGUAUAAAGCAUUUUCUACCUGUGCAUCUCACCUCUCAGUUGUCUCCUUAUUUUAUGGUACUAGCCUAGGCGUGUAUCUGGGCUCUGCUGGUACCCACCACUCACAAUCAAGUGCAGUUGCCUCAGUGAUGUACUCUGUGGUCACACCCAUGCUGAACCCCUUCAUCUACAGUCUCAGGAACAAGGACAUAAAGAGGGCCCUGGAAAGAUUCCUCGGCAGGUAGGCUUUUAAGGACCAACUAUAUGAGGCCCCUGAAUGUUCAAAGCUUCAGAACAAGAAGUUCUGACACAAGUUAAUAUAGUCUUUGGACCAUGUGUAAUUAGAAAUUCUCAUAUUCCUCAUGGGUUAACAUGAAUUAUAUUAGCAUAUUUAUUCUCUUAUGACAUAUAUCAUUCCAAGUAAUAUUUAU